GUGGCCUCCACCGCCUCCGCCUCCCUCGUUCCAACAGCUUGUUCGUAAACGAUUGAAGACAGGUAACCGCCGUGCAAGUUCAUGUCAAGCUUCGAAGAAAUUAUUUCUAUCGAUUUCACAGAAUCAUCGAACACUUGGAAUAUAUAUAGUAGGAGCUUCAGACAAGCCUGACACCAAAAAACAAAAAACCGUCUUAUAAUCCUAUGGAAUCUUGUCCCCUGUCUUCUUUCAAAAGCUUUGUGGAAGAUGGAGAUGCCAACAACCUUAUUUAAAGACACUUGAAAGCGUAUUUUGGGGCUUCUCAGUCUAAUUCAGAGUUGAAAGGAAUUUCCUUUCUGGGUAUUAUAGUUGUUCUACAAUUACCUCUGAAUUGUGAUGGAAGAUACGUUAUAUGUUGCGCUGGGAGACAGCGUGAAAAACAACAAAUCAAUCUUGAUAUGGGCAUUACAGAACUCUGGAGGAAAAAAGAUUUGCAUCAUUCACAUUAAUCAGCCUGCAACUGUGAUCCCUUUGAUGGGAGCAAAAUUUCCAGCAAGCUCAAUGAAGGAGAAGGAACUCAGGGCAUACCGGGAAAUUGAAAGGCAAAACAAGCAGAAAAUCCUGGAUGAGUAUUGCCGUAUCUGUGGGAAAAUGGGGGUACGGCCAGAAGUAAUACACGCUGAUAUGUACUGUAUUGAGAUGGGGAUUGUGGAACAAAUCUCCCAGCAUGGGAUCAGGAAGCUUGUUAUGGGAGCAGCAGCAGACAAGCACUACUCAAAGAAAAUGACAGACCUCAAAUCUAAAAAGGCCAUCUAUGUGCGCCUACGCGCUCCCCGGUCCUGCUGCAUACAAUUUAUCUGCAAGGGGUACCUCAUCAACACCAGGGAAGGUAUUUUAGAUGAAGCUGAUGUAGAGGUCAGAUCAAGUCAAAACACAAAACCUGAAUCAUCAGACCACUUCACUGUACAAUGUGGAGGGCAAAACCUUGGCGCAUCCCCCAGCAAUUCAGUUCAAGUUUCAAUCUGGGGUGAAAGCAUAACAGAAGUUUCUUCCCUUGAUGGUACUGAAGACCCCUCAACCCCAUGGAGAAGGUCGGAUGCACUAGGGGAUCCUGAUGGAUAUGUUGAAUCUUCAACAAGGUAUGGUCCUGGUUCGAGUUAUUCAACAUGCUCUUCUAGUGGAGCGGUUGACAUAUCUCGGAUUCCAUCAAUUAGGUCUUGGGGGAGUGACAAUCAGUCCGCAGAGAAUCUCCAUCGUCCAUCCUCUCCCAGUGUGCUGGAGGGAAGUAUAGAUGACACUCUUUAUGCUAAACUUGAACAAGCCAUGGCAGAGGCUGCAAAUGCGAGGCGAGAAGUAUUUCAAGAGGCAGAAAGGUGUGGCAAAGCCAAAAAAGAUGCAAUUGAGGCUAUGCGCAGGGCUCAAGUGUCAGAAAGCCUAUAUGCUGAGGAGGUGAAACAAAGAAAAGAAACUCAGGAAGCUCUAGCACAAGAACAGGAAGAACAUCAAAAGGUGAUAAACCAGCUAAACCAAGUCAUAGAAGAACUCCAGAAUGCUUUAGAUAUACAAUCAUCACUUGAGAGCCAAAUUGCAGAAUCUGACGAGAUGGUAAAGGGCUUGGAACUGAGGAUUGCCUCCGCUAUGGAACUGUUGCAAGCGGACAAACAAGAACGGGAUGAGUUUCAGGAAGAGCUUGAUAUUGCACAAAAAGAAUCUGAAGAGCUGAGAAGAAAACUAGGAGAGGCCUCAAGCACAAAAACACCUCAAUUCUUCCCUCAGCUCUCGUUCUCAGAGAUUGAGGAAGCAACUCAGAACCUUGAUCCUUCCCUUAAAAUUGGAGAAGGAAGACAUGGGAGCAUUUACAAAGGUCUCUUGCGUCAAACCCAGGUGGCUAUAAAAUUGCUACACCAUCAUAACUUGAAAGACCCCUCAGGAUUACAACAUGAGGUUGAUACAUUGAGAAAGUUGAGGCAUCCCAAUCUUGUCACGCUGAUUGGAUUCUGUGAAGAAGCUCAGGCUCUCAUCUAUGAGUAUCUUCCCAAUGGAACCCUUGAAGAUCGACUCUGCUGCAAGGACAACACUCCCCCAUUACCAUGGCAAACUCGAAUAUGCAUUGCCACAGAUUUGUGCUCAGCCCUCAUCUUUCUUCAUUCUUAUACACCUGUCAGCAUAUUACAUGGUGAUUUGACUCCUGCCAAGGUUCUCCUUGAUGCCAACUUCAUUAGCAAACUCUCUGACUUCGGAAACUGCCCUGCACCAUCUCAUGAUCAAAGUUUAAAAGACAACAAUAUAACACUCUGCUGGAGAACUGAGCUGAAAGGCUCUACUUUUGCAUACCAUGAUCCUGAGUUUCUCCUUACAGGGGAGCUUACUUUAAAGUCAGAUGUCUAUUCAUUUGGAAUCAUAUUAUUACAGUUGCUGACUGGAAGGCCACCCCUGGGGAUAAGAAAGGAAGUGCAAUUUGCAUUAGAUGCUGGAAAGUUCAAAGCCCUCUUGGAUCCUUUGGCUGGAGAUUGGCCAUUUGAGCAAGCUGAGCAGUUGGCUGACUUGGCUUUGAGGUGUUGUCAAAUGUAUCGAAUGAACCGGCCAGACCUUACAUCGGAUGUCUGGACGGUUCUUGAACCGAUGAGGGUUUCGUACGGAGGCUCAUACUUAUCCCAGCUGAGUUAUGAAGAGCACUCUGAACCCCCUUCCUACUUUCUUUGUCCCAUCUACCAGGAAGUCAUGCAAAAUCCUCAUGUAGCAGCGGAUGGUUUUACUUAUGAAUUGAAACCUUUGAGAGAAUGGUUUGAUGGUGGACAUACCACUUCACCCAUGACCAAUCUGAAGCUUGAGCACUGCAAUCUUUUACCAAACCAUGCUCUUCGAUCUGCCAUCCAAGAGUGGCAACAAAGGCAUUGAAAUCUGUAUCUUUUUCUUUCUCUUUAGCUUUGUAUAUUGUUUAUACUUUUUCUUGGUCCAAUCCAAUAAUUGAAUCCCAGCAUGUUGAAAAUAUUAUGAAAUAUUUAUUAUGCAUCAGGCAUUUACUUUUGUAAUCCUUUUAUGCAAAAACAGAUCCUCUCCAUUUCAUUAGUAUCUAUUUAGUGCAUUUAAGAGG